GGUCCAAGAGUGUGUUUGACUUAUUUCAUCAAGAUGAAGAAACUCGUUGUGUUUGCUGCUCUGCUUGUUGCUGUUCUCAGCAAGGGAGACUUCCAUGGGCAUCAGGUUUUCCGGAUUGUGCCGAAAGAUGAUGUCCAAUUGGCCCUUGUCAGAGUUUUGGAAGACAUAUUGGAUUUGGAGCUGGACUUCUGGAGACGGGUGACCCCUGUGGACAUCAGAGUUCCCUCUCACAGCCUGCAGGUUGUCAAGAGUUACCUGGAGAAUCACAGCAUCAAGUACUUCACCAUGAUUAAAGACCUACAGGCUUUGCUGGAUGAGGAGCAGAGCCAAAUGAAGUCCGCUGCUCUGGCUGGAAACACUGACAACUUUGACUACGCCAACUACCACACCCUCAGUGAGAUCUACAGUUUCCAGGACAUGCUGGCUGAGAAUCCAAAGUUGGUCAGCAAGACAGUGAUCGGUCAGAGCUAUGAGGGUCGUCUGCUUAAUGUUCUCAAGUUCAGCACUGGUGGAAGCAACCGUCCUGCUAUCUGGAUCGACACUGGAAUCCAUGCCAGAGAAUGGGUCACUCAGGCCAGUGGAAUUGUGUUCGCCAAAAAGAUUGUGACAGAAUAUGGAACAGACUCUGCUCUCACUGAAAUUCUUAACAGAAUGGAUAUUUUCUUAGAGAUGGUGGUCAACCCUGAUGGAUACCACUUCACCCACACCAACAACCGAAUGUGGCGUAAGAACAGGAAGCAGAAUCGGGGCUCCAGGUGUGUCGGUGUGGACCUAAACCGGAACUGGAAUGCUGGGUUUGGAGGACACGGUUCUAGCAACAAUCCAUGCUCAGAGAUCUAUCGUGGAACCAGGGCUCAUUCUGAGGCUGAAGUCAAGUCCAUUGUAAACUUUGUGAGGUCACACGGCAAUAUCAAGGCCUUCAUCUCCAUCCAUUCCUACUCACAGAUGCUUUUGUUCCCCUACGGAUACACCAGGAAACCUGCCAAAGACCAAGCUGAGCUGGACCAAGUUGCUCAAAAGGCCGUCACUGCUCUGGCGUCCUUGUAUGGCACCAGCUACAGAUAUGGCAGCAUCAUCACCACUAUCUAUCAAUCUAGUGGAGGCUCCAUCGACUGGACCUACAACCAGGGAAUCAAGUACUCCUACACCUUUGAACUGAGGGACACCGGCCACUAUGGCUUCAUCCUUCCUGCCAAUCAAAUUGUUCCCACUGCCAAUGAGACGUGGCUCGCUCUGAAGGUCAUUAUGGAUCACACCUUCAAACCCUUACUAAAAGAACAGAGUUGCGGCAGCGCAGCUCUGAUGAUGCACCUACGGAUCCAAAUUUAUUGGACCAGAUGCUACUUGGCCUGCGUGAAGGUCCCCUGUCUCACACACUCCGAGCCUAUGUGCGACACAAUCCUAGAGAGGACUUUGUCGCUGUUCACCGAGAGGCAUUACAGCUCGAAGAGGAACAUAAUGGCUCACAAAGACUACAGAGGGUGUCAAGACCACCACAAAGACGGCCUGGGUAUUCCCGUGGCUGGACCAGGGAUGGACAACCUAUCUGCAGGCAGUGUAAGCGGGCGGGGCAUUUUGCCAGGGAGUGCCGAGCACCUGAUGGGGAACAGCCAGCUUUAA